AACUGCGCCCUGGGGCUUCCAGUACCGACUACAGGAGAAGCAAACACCGCUAACGUCGCAGUUCUAGAAAAUACACUGCCUGGAAUCGCCUUAUCAAAAAAAGUUCUCCCUCAACAAGAACAGAAGCCAGAAAAGCCUCUGACCCUAAGAGGACACCAUGAGCCAAUUACUGCUGUGGCAUUUGGAAAUGCAGUGAGUCCACUUCUCAUCUGUUCUGCAUCACGAGAUUAUGUUAUAAUGUGGACUCUAGAUGAAUGCAGACAGAAAGCACUUCAAGGGCUGACUCCUCAAGGGGUUGUCGUGGGUACCCUCCUGGGAAAGGUGCUGUGUUUGAGGUUGAGCCCAGAUGACCGCACGGCUGCAGUGUGUGCUGGAAAGAAAAUAUUUAUGCUGGAUACUGAGGUUUGGGAUCAUCAUAUGGGAUCAUUAAUCUACAACUCGUCAGUGUUAACAGACUCGCGGUCUGUGCCUUGUUGGCCUUUCCAGCUUUGGGUCUUCAGUUUGGUUGAAGGACAUCAUUAUCGUUGUGUGACAGGAGUUGACCUAAAGAAGAAGAGAGAGAGUUUCUUCAGGAGGGUUGAGUCCAGGCUGUGCAGCCUGCCAGAAGAGGGUUGGCUUCCCUGCACAGAUGGCUUGGAGAAAGGAGAGGAGGUUGAAGCAAGCCUCCCUGUCCUGGGGCUGCGGCCAUGUGAUCUGUCCCUCGUUCUCCCUGCCGAGUGCGGCUGUCUUUCUUCUGAGAAUACCACAUGCUUGUGGAUUGGAAGCUCAGCUGGCUUAUUCAUUUUUAACUUGGCAAACUUUGAAGUAGAAGCCGUUUUACAUUACAAGGAUUUCAGGAGCCUCAGCAUUCAAGUUGCCGGAUCAUGUGCAGUGAUGAGCAAAGCCGGGGAUGAGAAGCUGAGUCCUGCCGUCUGCUUGCUCACGUCCUUGUGUGGCCGUAAGAUCGCCUUGUUGGAAAUCCAUGUUGCUGCUCUGGUGAGGUCUCAGCGGGGCCACGGUGCGGGAAGGGAUCUGUCCGUGCUGCCUCGUGCCCAUGUUCUCUCCACCUCUCCACUGCACUUCAGACCUGCUGAGGAAAACAGGACGCAGCCGGCUCCUCAGAGACAGUCCGCCAUGUGGAGCACCAUUAAGGACCAGCCCCUGGUUUUCCACGGCAAAGUGAGGUCGUCUGGGUAUGCGUCCACAUCACACGUGACUCUGUUCUCACCAAAGACCAACACCAGGAGCAGCGGUGACCGCUCUUUACCACGUAGGGCCCGUCACAGGUGUAAGGAAUACCCUUUGGAGAGUUCUCCGCCAACCAAAGUCCACAAGCAGCAUGUCCUCGCGCACGGGCCGGCCGCUGCGAGCUGCGUCCAGUACUCAGGGGAUGGAUGGUGGCUCGCCUGUGGCUUAGCCAACCACUCGCUGGUCUUCCGUGCUGAUCUCACUGGGACACCUGCUGUUUUUUCAGGUAUGAUCGGUGCCCCGCGCGCCGUGUGCUGGAGCCACGACGGCCGGGGGCUGUCGUCUGCCUCCCGGGACGGGACGCCGCGGCUGUGGCCCCUCCGUGGGGCGGAACUGGCGUUGCGCGCGGGCAAAGAUGUGUUUUCCAAGCCCGUUUGGUCCGCACAGUUUUAUUACAUAGACACUUUUAUAUUGUCGUCUUCGGGCCCCGAACUCCAGCUCCUCAAGUACCACGUCGACACUUGCAAGGAUGAGAUCCAAAGAUAUAAACAGAAGAGUAGGUGCAAAUGUGUCUUCAGGCUUCCCACGACUGGUAUGACAGAGAUUACCAGUUUAUCAGCUGUAAACGACUUCUAUUCCUAUCUUGUGCUCACAGCCGGCCGGAACAGGACUCUGGAAGUUUUUGACCUCAAUGCAGGUCGCAGCGCAGCCACAAUCGUAGAAGCCCAUUCACGGCCUGUCCACCAAAUCUGCCAGAAUAAAGGACCAGCAUUCACGACCCAACAGCACCAGCUUUAUAACCUUUUCGCCACCACAGCCACUGGGGAUGCCAGAAAGCUGUGGGACUUGCGAACCCUGAGAUGCGAGUGCUGUUUUGAAGGACAUCCAAACCACGGAUACCCACGUGGGACUGCUUUCAGCCCUUGUGGACGCUACGUGGCUUCUGGCGCGGAGGACAGACAUGUCUUUGUGUGGACACUGCGUUUCUCUUGGGCUGACAUGGAGGAGCGAGGCUGUGGGUCUGUGGGCCGGCAUGGGCUUAGCCUCACCGGAAACUGCCAGCAGGGGUCCAUGCUGGCUAUACCACUGGCCAGUGUGGCAUCGAGUCUUCGGCACCCACAUACGUGCACAGAUGACAGUGAUGGGAGCACGCCGAGCGGGGCGCGGCUCCGGUAAGGGCAGCCACCGCGUGCCGGCGAGUAGCUCGGACUGUGACGUGAGCAGCUGUGUGCCCUGGUGUCCUCGUCUGCGGAGCAGGGACGGUGAUAGUUGUGUCUUCAGAGGUGGACAGGAUGACACGUCCGUGUGCGGUGAGCCUGUGCCGUCCUCGUUAACCUCCCUGUGUGAUGAUCAGACAUGACAGGUGCCAGAGAGCUGUGGCCCUUGUGGGUCCCCUUGGUCGCUAAGCCGAACGGCAGAUGCAAGGAGGGUCCUGAGUCCCAGGACGCCCUCAGUGCUAUUCACGAGAGCGUUCCACGUGAACAUGUCCUGCAGGGAGAUCGGUGGAGCGGUGAGGCUGGUGCUGAGUCGUCGCUGGAAGGGCAGCGAGUCCGAAGAGGCCCCGAGUCCUCUGUUGACAGUCGAGGUCAUAGGCGGCCUCACAGAACAACACACAAGCUUAGGGUCAGAAAAACCCGAUUAGAACGUCGGUGUUGACGCCCGAAGUCCAUACCGGUCACGUACUCUCCGUGUGUCCUGCUUUCCCGGCGUGAACAUGAGGGUACCUGAUGUUCGUCUGUGACAUGAGCCGUAGGCGGCGAUGAACCGCACAGUGUGACCGUUGCUGGGCCACGGGUUCUCAACGCGGGGCCCGGGGCAGCAACAGUGGUCCACUUUGGGAGCUGUCGGGAGCUGCUUUUCAAAUAAGCACAUCUGGAUCAGAAGAAAAAAUCCAUACUUUUGAUCACUCCAAGGUACAUAUGAUAUCUACUUGUAGACUUUAUUUCAGGAACCACCAUUUACCAAUGGCAGGAUCAUCUGGAAGUUCUAAAUUUGAA